AUGGACUGCACAAACACUAAACCUGUUGUGAGACCUAACUCAAAUAUCUCAGAAAUGGUAUGCAAGUUCGCCAAAGUUUGUAAAUUGAAAUCUAUUGGGGUGUUCUCUGAAGUACCCAACCUGCAUCACUUGCACAGACCCAUUUGCAAUGAGGCUUCUCUGAGUCAAAACAGCGCUGAAGAGAACAAAUGCUAUGACCAGAAAGUGCAUCCACAUCCCAUUGAAGUGACAAACAAAGAGAGUUUUUGUGUUGGUUUGGAGGUCAUGAAGAAGAUAUUUGAUGCUGUUUCAGCCUUGAAAUUGGCAUACCUUCAGCUUCAGCAAGCUCACAUUCCUUAUGAUCCACAGAAGAUUGUUGCUGCGGAUGACAUGGUUGUUGCUGAGCUUGAAAAGCUCUGCAAGUUCAAGCGUGAAUAUAAGGAGAAACAAUGCAAAAAAGCAAGGUUCAAUGCUGCACGUUCUGAUCUCUUGAAGGUUGAAGUUGUGACCAAAGAGGUAUUGUUGGAGAAGCUCAAGUCUCAACACAGUGCCAAAGAUUCUGAGGUUCUUAGGUUGAGACAAGAGCUUCAGGAUUUGCAGAUGGGGAACAAGAAUCUGGCUGAGAAGAUCAAGCAGAUUAGUUUGGAUAAGAGGAAAGGAAGUGUUUUGACUGUUACUACUUUUCAGGAUGUUUUCAAUGCUGCUUCGAAGUCCAUCCAUGAUUUUGCAAAACCAUUGAUUAGUUUGAUGAAAGCUUCAGGUUGGGACCUUGAUAGGGCUGCAAACUCCAUUGAAAGUGAUGUUGUUUAUUCCAAAAGGUGUGACAAAAAGUAUGCUUUUGAGGCCUACAUUGCGCGUCGAAUGUUUCAUGGGAUUGCAUUAACCCCUUAUGAUGUGAGUGAUAUUAUGAAGUAUGAUGAUCCAUUUGAUGCACUGAUGGAGAAUCCACAUUCAGAUUUUUCAAAAUUUUGUCAAGCAAAAUACCUUCUUGUUGUUCAUCCGAAAAUGGAAGAGUCAUUCUUUGGCAAUUUGGAUCACCGAACAUUCGUAAUGAGUGGCAAGCACCCUAGAACUGAGUUCUAUCAGUUGUUUGCAAAAAUGGCAAAAUGGGUUUGGGUUUUACUAGGAUCUGUUGUCUCAAUAGAUACUGACGCAACCCUGUUUUCUGUGAGCAGAGGAAGCAUAUUCUCUAGCUUGUACAUGGAAUCUGUGGAUGAAGAAAAGGAGAGUCCAAUUCUUUCAGGUGAAGAAAGAACCACCUACAAAGUUCAGUUUAUGAUCAUGCCUGGGUUUAAAAUUGGACAGAUGGUGGUGAAGUCUAAAGUUUAUAUCUCCAAACAUUCUUCAAGCUAA